AAUCAACCCGCGGUCUUUAUCGAAAGCUGAUUCAGAAUAAUCCCACAGUAAACGUGCAGUAAGCGCCGGGGAAUAUCGAGUCCCGGGUGUGGUGACCGUUGACCGCGGCACCAGAUUCGUGCAUAUAAAGCCCGCCAGCGCAGCUUCGACGCACUUUUCGCACUCUGCUCCUGCAGUUCACUGCCUGGAACUCGAAUAUAAUGUCCUCCCUGCAGACGAUGAUCAUGCCACCCGCCCCGCACACCCUCGGCGAACCCAGUAUGCCGCGCAGGGCCAAACGCCGCCGCGCCGCGCCGGAGCCUCUCGUCGGGUCCGAAGGGUGGGCAUCGAUAUACUCCGUUGAUGAGCGCGCGUCGAAGCGGUCACGACCACCGUCCUCGAAGCGCGCAGGCCCGGAGACACGCUCAGCGACCAAGGUCGUAGAGCCAGCGCCACCUGCCAAGGGCAAGGUGCGGAAGCUGUUGUGGAUAGCGAACGGGGUCUCGGUUAUACCCUUCCUCGUGCUACUGCGCGCACUUGGUUCUGGGGGCGGGAAGGAGAAGGAGUGGGACAUCCAGCUCAUGAUCGCAGCGGGUGCAGACGAGGGAGAUACGCUCCUGUCGUGCGCCGCGGAGACCCUUGCGAACACGCCGAGCAACAUACGACUGUCUGUCGAGGUAUUCUACGAAGGCGGCCGACGGUCGAUCAAGCCAUGCCCCCCAUCCGCAUCUUCUGUCCAUCGACAUCGCGGAGCCAUAACGGCGACGACGCUCGACUGCAUCCCCGACCUCACAGAGAGGGAGGUCUACCUAUGUGGCCAUGACGCUUUCGAGGUCAGGACCUGGGAUGAGUUACGGAGUGCGGGUGUGUGUCCGAGUAGGAUCAGGCGAGACGGAUUCGAGUAUUGACUGCAGUCAUGAUAUGUAUACCAAUAGAUAGUUCUCAUGUACAGUAUACCGCGCACCCAGUGGGGCGCUACUCUCGACGAAAGUUCAACGUGCAUCACAUGAUUACCAGGUGUUGCGGUACCGAAUCCAAAGUCAGGAGUGCAAGUUCGAC